AGGCAGACACCAACAAACAGUGAGGUGGGGGGGGGCGCGGAGGGGGAGGAGUGCACAGCCAGCCAGCCAGCCUUGCCUGCCUGCCUGCCUGCAUUAGCUCAGCUCUGAAACACCCUCAGUCUGGGCUGGAGCGUGGAGUUGGGAGGAUGUGAGCUGCCGCGGCUCCCACAUUGAAAAGGAGAAGAGGCGGAAAGCAAAGCCAGCCAGAGAGAAAAAGAAAGAACGAAGCAACUCUUUAAAAGAAAGGAAAUCUUCUCUUCCCACCCCCACCCGCAGUUUCAAGGGACCACGAGUAGCAGAGAGAACAAGAGGGGGCGAAGAAGGAAGGAGACGCCUCGCUACAGUAGCAGCCGCCUCGGAAUUUUGGAAGGGGGGGUUUAAUUUUUUUAUAUUUUUUUUUUGCUUUGCCUCACACUACAUCAUCCCGCUUCCGGAGAUCGACCUUCUAUAUAAAAAUACACACACACGCACAUUAUUAUUUUCCUUUUAAAAAACAUUUUUUUGGUGGACAUGGACAGAAAGGAGCUGACUUCCCCGACGCCAGACGCCGACGCCGCUGCUAUUUGGACAUCUUUCAAGACCCUCUGGUGCUAUUGACUCUCUUCAGCCCCCUUUCCACGUUGUUGCUACAGAUUUAUUAGCAAUUUUUUUGAGGGGGGGAGGGAGGGAGGUUGAUCAGUCGGUUUUGUUUGAGCCUCGUGUGUGUUUGUGUGAACUGAAGACUGCUGGCUUGAAUGGAGGUGGGAGGGCAAGCUACCCUUUGAGAAGGCAGUGCGCUUUUUCUUUUUAUAACUUUUUCCUCUCCCCCUCCCCGAAGAUAUAAAUAUUUUCCCCCUGGAUUGGCUCUUCUUUUGCUCCAGCGUAUUUAGAACAACAACUAAGAACCCCAAACUUAUCGAGGGGGUGUUUGGAAAAGCGGACCAAAAGUAACCCACCGGGAGGAAACGUGUUUUUCUUUUUUUUUGAGCGAAUAAUAUGAGAUUCUUGAGUGGCUUCCCUCUCUCCUUCGCCGUCUUCAAUGGACAACAACAAAUUUAAGAAGAGCGGCGUUUCUCGCCUUUAAAGGAAAAGAAAAACAGAAGCCUGGAAAAGAUUUUAAGCGAGGUUCGGUUUAGUUUUUUGCAUUGCCUUUGGUGAAAAAGCUAGAAAGGAGGAGUUAUUAUUUUCUUAUUGUUGUUAUUUUUUUUAAAAAAAGGAAUAAAAAGGCGGGAGACCACCACAAAAUAACCUAAAAUGGAGACUGUAAGAAGCAGCUUCCAGCCUCAUCCCGGCCUGCAGAAGACCUUGGAACAGUUUCAUCUGAGCUCCAUGAACUCGCUGGGUGGUCCAGCCGCCUUCUCUGCGCGCUGGGCGCAGGAGCUGCUGUACAAGCGGGAGAACGGCAAGGAGUCCUCGUCCUCGACGUCCUCCUCGGGGGAGCCUGUGCUCCACUUGCCGCCCAUCCAGCCGCCGCCGGUGAUGCCGGGGCCCUUCUUCAUGCCCUCAGACCGCUCGACCGAACGCUGCGAGACCGUCCUGGAGGGCGAGACCAUCUCGUGCUUCGUGGUGGGCGGCGAGAAGCGCCUCUGCCUGCCGCAGAUCCUCAACUCCGUCCUGCGCGACUUCUCGCUGCAGCAGAUCAACGCAGUGUGCGACGAGCUCCACAUCUACUGCUCCCGCUGCACGGCGGACCAGCUGGAGAUCCUCAAAGUCAUGGGCAUCCUGCCCUUCUCGGCGCCCUCCUGCGGGCUCAUCACUAAGACGGACGCCGAGAGGCUUUGCAACGCCUUGCUCUACGGAGGCGCCUACCCGCCGGGGCGCUGCAAGAAGGAGUUCUCCGGGAGCCACCACGGAGCCGCGCUCGAGCUGGAGCUGACCGAGCGGAGCUUCAAGGUAUACCACGAAUGUUUCGGGAAAUGCAAGGGGCUCCUGGUGCCGGAGCUGUAUAGCAGCCCUGGCGCGGCGUGCAUCCAGUGCCUCGAUUGCCGGCUCAUGUACCCGCCGCACAAGUUUGUCAUCCACUCGCACAAGUCCCUGGAGAACCGGACUUGCCACUGGGGCUUCGACUCGGCCAACUGGCGAGCCUACAUCCUCCUCAGCCAGGAUUACUCCGGCAAAGAAGAGAAAGCCAGACUGGGCCAGUGCUUGGAUGAGAUGAAGGAGAAGUUCGACUACAGCAACCGAUACAAGAGGAAAGCACCCAGGGUACCAUCUGAUCCUCCUGCUCCCAAGAAACCCAAAAUAGAUGACUCCUUGCAGUCUCCAAUAAUUGGUGACAAAGAGAAACAGUCUAGUUGGUUACGGUCCUUGUCCAAUUCAUCCAGCAAGAGUUUUGGUUGCAUGCAUCCACGACAGCGCCUCUCUGCCUUCCGGCCCUGGUCCCCUGCCGUUUCAGCAAACGAAAAAGACCUCCCAAACCACAUCCCUGCUUUGAUCAGAGACAGUUUGUAUUCAUACAAAAGUUUUGAGAAUGCCGUGGCCCCCAAUGUGGCGCUUGCACCACCCCCGCCUCAGCCAAAGAUCGUAAGCAACCCCCCAUGUGCCCCAGCAGCAACACGGAGCAGUGAGCCGUUGAACAGCCCCUCCCAACCAAGGAAAAGGAAACAUGUCGCCGAAAACCCAACCAUUCCCGAACCUACGCCAACCGCUGCUGUCGCCCCCGCUCCUGCCGCUGUCCCUGCUGCGGAAGAAGAAAAGGAGUCUGAAGCAGAAAUCGAAGUAGAGACUCGAGAAGAAUGUAAGUUCACCUCCUCUCUGUCCUCACUCUCCUCCCCAUCCUUCGCUUCUUCGAGCUCAGCCAAGGACAUGAGCUCACCCAGCAUGCAAGCCCCGCCCACUACUAGCAACGUCUUUGAAGUCGCCAGCCACGCCGAACCCCAGAGUGGCACCAGCGGUUUGGAGGCUGAGCUGGAGCACCUCAGGCAGGCCCUGGACAGUGGCCUGGACACGAAAGAAGCCAAAGAGAAAUUCCUCCACGAAGUUGUAAAGAUGAGAGUGAAGCAGGAAGAAAAACUGAAUGCUGCCUUGCAGGCCAAACGCAGCCUACACCAGGAGCUUGAGUUCCUACGUGUGGCGAAGAAGGAGAAGCUAAGAGAGGCAACAGAAGCCAAGCGCAACUUAAGGAAGGAGAUCGAGCGCCUCCGAGCUGAGAACGAAAAGAAAAUGAAGGAGGCCAACGAAUCGCGGAUACGGCUAAAGCGGGAACUGGAGCAAGCCAGACAAGUCCGGGUGUGCGACAAGGGGUGUGAAGCAGGCAGGCUGAGAGCCAAAUACUCCGCCCAGAUUGAAGACCUGCAGGUGAAGCUCCAGCAUGCAGAGGCGGACAGAGAACAGCUGCGUGCUGAUCUGUUGCGUGAGAGGGAAGCACGGGAACACUUGGAAAAGGUUGUCAAGGAACUUCAGGAGCAACUGUGGCCUAAACAGAGUGAUCUGCCCGGCAGUGAACACACAAUGAAAGAUAUGGACAACUAGGCCAGCGCUGAAGAACGUAAUGACAUGGGGUCUAAUUUGUAGGCCAGACUGACAAUAAAAUAAAAUAAUAUGCACAGUGAGGGAGAGAGUGUGUGGGAGAGGCGCUGGGGCAAGGGUCCGCGCCCUGGCGUGUGCUGGUAAACAUGGACUUUGUUAUUCAUUGGAGGGCAAAUGUUACUCUUUAUAACAGAAGCACUGAAUUCCACCUCUUUUUUCAAUCCAUAUAGCACAACAUCUUCCUGUGCCUAUAACAUGAAGAGUGUUUAUAACCUAAACUACUUUAUGAGUCCGCAGCAAAAAAAAAAAAAAAUUAUUAGAAAAAUUAUACCGUCUGGCGAGCAGCAUCCAUGUGAAAUCAAAGACAAGCAACGAGGGCUGCUUUCUGGGAACACUUUGGAAUCAAGAAAAAAACAAAACCCUUUUGUUAUAAGCUAUUUAAGAACACAAAACAAUUGAGUCAUGAAGACAUGGUAUUAUAACCAUUAACAAGAUUUUUUUAAAUAUAUAUAUAUAUAAAAACAGGGAGGGGAGAAAAUACUUUCAAUGCCUGAUUUGUAAUGACAAAUUGUUACAGAUGUUGGGUUCUUCCUUAGAGAAGCUCGUCAGAAAAAGCCCAAUAAUAAGCCAUGACCGUUUCAAUCCAGGGGAUUUCUAUGUGAAUUUCAAAUUUAGGUUUUUUCCUAGUUUAAAAUCUUUGUUUUCCCCAUGCUUGAACCAAGAAGAGGAAAGUCAGUGGAGGGGAAGGGGGGUAGUUUGCAUCUUUCAGUGGGGUGUAGGAGUGGAACUAUAUCCUAAAUGAACCCAGCCUUAUUAAAAUUCAGUGUUUGUAAAUCACGCCAUAACUUUUUUUAUAUAUAAAUAUAUGUCUGUUAUUAACUGAUGUGUUUUAAAGACUCACUUCAACGCCAGAGCACUUCAAUUAUGAGAAACGGAUAGAAGAAUAUAUAAAGAGAGCAAGAAACACAGAGAAAACACAAGACAAAAGUCGACUGAAACAUGAAGUUGCUUGUGAAAGAUAAGUGGGAAAAAACAGAGAGUGGCAUGUCUGCUUGGAAACCCUUCCGUUUUCCCAGAGAACUCAACUCCCCAUGUUAUCAUCACCUCAGAAAUUUCAGUAUUUUAUUGACUUGCCCAGGAUCACGUGUAAGGAUUUCAGUGUGGCCCACAGAGAGUGCUCAACAUUGUAUUAAAGAAACAAAAAAAGAGGACUUUUGCUGCUGUGAAUAAGCCUACAUUUCUUAUUCUUUAGGGGUUUUUUGGUCUUUUGUUUUUAAUGUGACAAAUACUUUAAUAUUGGGAUCUGUGCCGCAAUUCCUUCCCUUCCCACUGAAUAUUAAAAUAUGCAGCAAGUAAACACACUCAGGGCAAAAAUCCUAUCCCCAGUGGGAGUUUUGCUUCUUCUACCUGAUUGGGGCCAACACUUAGUACCCACUGGAUUUUGUUUUCCUCUUGAAAAGCAUUAUUUUUUAAAGAACUACAGUUUUUGUUAUUAUUUGCUCCCCUUAUGAUUUAACCAACUGUCCACUGUGUUAGCAAUCAAAUAUGCAAGGAACAGUUUAUAACUCUACACUUCUCCAGGACCUACCCACUCUCUUUUGAGAAUAAGGCGGGUAGGAAAUGUUACGGAAAUGCAAUUGUUAGAGCUCAGUGUCAAUAUGAGCAGCAUAGGCUCAGAUUCCCUACCUUUGCUCUCUGGCAAUCAAGCAGGUCACGUGUUUCUUGAUUCAUGGUUGCUUGAGAUCCGUGUCACACAAGCAUUCCAACAGGGACUUCAGGGAUGCCAUCCUAUCAGCGACAGGGCUAUGGCGGCUGGUCCUGGCUAAACUGCCCCAGUGCAGGAGUGAGCAAUAUUUUGAUCCGUUCUUCCCUGCCAAUACAGAGGUAUUGAUUCAAAGUCUUUCGUAUUUGUUUUAUUUUUACAAUCAUUUCACAGGAAUGGUGAGCAAACCGUUUACUAAGGGCGACAGUUUACUAAAAUCCUUAACUGGGGGAAAAAGCCAUCCCAAAUUCACAGAUUCUCUCUCCUCCAAUUUGCGUUCUGAAACACUGAAGGGAACUCUGCAAUUCAAUCCUUUUCCUGUAACCAAAAUGCGGCUGUCUGUCCUAAAAUUAAAGUAUUGACUUUACAGUACACUAGGGGGGGAAUAAAAGUUGUAUUGAAAAUAAAGCUGUUAUUAUCCAUUCUAAUAGCCAUUGUAAGCAUGAACAUUGAAAAAGGAGGAAGUAAAGUACAUUUUAGUGGGGGUGGGGGUAGGGGUUGCUACAGGAAAAAAAUUUAAAAGGAAGCUAUAUUAGAAAAAUCAGGUGACUUAGAAUUGAAAUAUGGGGAGCAAGAAAGCAACAGAUAUAUACGGACUAAUUUGCAUGAUACGAAGUUGUCUGCGUUUGAGGUCUUGCCCAUGCUCGUAUCCAAUGAGUGGAAUCUGCUCUCCCAUCUUAAAGUGCAAUGCAAACGGAAUAUUGAUUGUGUUUAUGCAGUUAUUUUUUUAAUAUGGGGAUUUAAAAAUAAUUUUUUUGCUUUGUAUGUUUUUUCUGCAGUUAUUAAAAAAACCAUAUGCAUGGAAUUAAAAUCUUUGCCAUACAUAUAUAUUAAUUAAUGGGCAUUAUCACUGUCUUAACGUAAAGGUGCAUAACUUUUUUUUUUGUUUUGUUUUGUUUUGUUCUCAGUCGUAUAAAUUUCCAAGAUCUAUAAUGCUUUUUUGUUAAGUUUGCAGUUAUUUCCUUCAAGAGGCAACAAAAUUGCGUAGUUUUGAUGCACAGCUGUCUUCAGUGGCUCAAACCUACACUUGGCGAUCCAGCUUCACUCUUGGGACAAGCUGCUGCUCACUGCUUGUCCCUCUCCCCACCCGGCCAGCCACCCCUCCUUUCAGCAGGGAGAGGUGUUACAAACCCUAAUUCUAGGAAUACAGGGGUCAUUCUACAAGAUGAUAAUGACAAACCAGUUUCUGUGAAAGCAGCUUGCCUUCCAAUACUGAUCUUCCUCUAUGCCAGGGAUGGGGAACAUGAGGUCCUCCAGCUGUUGUUGCACUUCAGUUGCCAUUGACUCCAGCCUGCAUGGCCUAUGACCAGGGAUGAUGGGAGCUGUAGUCCCAAUGAUAAACAGAGGGGUCUUAAACCACGGCAGCCACAACCCAUGUUUUAUGACACAAACUUAGUUCACGCUGACUGACAGAGGUGCAGCUGGUUUUGCUAGCAAACUUAGGGGCACAUUCUAGGACAUUCCCUAUAAUCCUAUAGGAAGUGAAAUUGGUGCGUUGACCAACAGGUCAGCGUGAAAGGUACAAACCCUAAAAACCAUUGCCAGAUUCAUUGAAACAUCCGCACAGAUUCAGAGAAGCCCACUGCGCCACAGCACAGCCAUUCCCCCUUUCCCUCUUCAUGAGUGUAAAUGUUCCAAACCUUGAGGCUAGGCUGGCACAAAGCUAUCCCCGUCAAAACAAACAGGAAAGGCAUUGGGAACCCACAGCCUGGGCACGUGCUCAUUCUUCAGAAGUCUCUGCUACCACUUCCAAUCAUAGUACUAACCCCAAAUGAAAAAUGCUGAAGUUUGCAUCAUGUCUCAUCUUUUUUAUAUGGGCAUACAACUUCAGUGCAAGCUUGUCUUUUUACUGCCAGCCCACCAAGAGAAAAGGAGCUGAAUUUAUCAAAGAGGAAAAAGAUAAUCAGCACCAACCACACGGAACUAUGUGUAGUCUUCUGCAAUAGCUUAAAACAGAAGGAAGGAAAGGUCCCGUGAUUUAAACUGCAUCUGUCCAUCAGAAUUUCACUCUUGCAUCCUUCUCUGUAACGGCAUGGGGCCUGCAAUCUUGCUGAUUUAAGGGACGUUCCACAUACUAUGCAAAGGGAAGCUCAACUUUGCUGCUGAAUUAUAUACUCCACAAGAAGCUGCAACCAUUCAUAACUCCCUGUGAAAUGUAUGCUUAUAACACUAUAAGCAGCUUUAAAAUUGUGUUUCUUGCAUUCAUACUUUAUCUUAUGUAGGUAUGCACAUAAAACUAUUUAAGUGUAUGCCUUUAAGUAUAAAGGUGCCAAGUAUUAAUACCAACAAAUGCUGUGUUUCUAACACCUUGAUCCUGGUCUGAUUUUUCCUGAAACCCUUGAUGAAAUAAUUGCAAUUUGUACAGCUGUGCCCACAUACUGAUCAGUCUUGAAACAUCCAUCUGCUAGUUUUUUUUAAGAUUAGACUGUCUAGUAAGUGUUGAAACGGGGGGGGGGGGGGAGAGAAUCUUUGUGACAUAAGGCGGAUAGAGGCAAAACAACAAAAUCUCAUUAGGUGAGUGAAGAAUCAUUUUUUAAAGACACCUUUGUCAGAUCCAGAUUUAAGCCAUGACACAUGUCAUUUGGAUUUCAAUUGGGACUUAGUUGACUAAAUAUGGUGCAAUCCUGUGCAUGUCUACUCAGAAGUAAGUCCUAUUAAGUUCAGUAGGACUUAACCCUAGGUUAGUUGGAUUAUAGCUCAAGUCUGUAUCCAACAUCUGAAGGAAGCAUGUGCAUCCAUGUGGAUUCGAUAGCAUCUUUGCUCUUAAUCUUUUCAGCCAUGUGUCUAAAGUCCUGUUUAAGGGAUUUCCAAGUCAGACAAUAAAAGGGUAACAGAAAAUUCAGCCAUUUCACAGCUGUUUGGGACGUUUCCCACCUCAAGCUCUUGCCAUCAGUUAACAAAUACAACCUACCAAGAAUAAUUUCUGCUCAAGCGUCAUUGCAACAAAUGGGGCUUACCUUGGAGAAGUUCCUAGCCCACUGUGUAUAAAUAUAUAUUCUGAACACUGCAGCAUGGUCACUAGUAUUCCAGAUCAGUAGCCAAGGUCUGAGGAGAGCUAGACGUAGAAAACACAAAGUUAAGGUAAUUAAAACAAAAAGCAAUCCAAACUCGAGGCUCCCAAUCAACACAUGAGAGUUCUGGGCUCCCCUCCACUCCGGACCCAUGAUAGCCAAUGUAAGCAUGGAACAUGCAUGUCUCUGACAUUGGUUUAUAUCCAGUGUUACAUCAGAACAGAGGUCCAUCAGUUUUAAUGGGUUCUUCCAAAUGGAAAGUUGGGCACAACCCAUUGAAGUGAAUGGGGAAACAGCUGCCUAUGCAACAUUUUUUUGUUCACAGCAGACCCCCUACUCCAAAGUGUGCAGAGGGGCUGGUCAGGAAAAAGAAACUGCAUUAUCAAUUCUGUAGAAUAUAAUGUUCUUCUUUUGCUAACUUAAGCUAGUUAUAGCUAUGAUCCUUUUACUGGAACAGAAUUCGCAAAUUGUAAUUCCGUUUCCUUUAAGAUGUUUUCUCCAAAAAGGGGAGAAGAAGUGUUUUAUUACAUCGGCUGUCAGUUCUCCAAAUACAUCAAAUAUAUAUAGAUAUAUAGAUAUAUAUAAUCUAGGUAAUUGUAUAUUCAGUUUAAUUCACUUUUUUAUAAAAGAUAUUCAAAUAAGACUUUAACGAAGGGGGGGAGGGCAGGUGAAGAAUACCAACAGCAAUAAGACAUUUAUAUCUGAAACAGGCUAACAGAAUAAUAAUCUUGCUUUUUUCCAACAGAACUAGCCAAUGUAAAAAAAAAUAAUUAAUUUGUAAAUACUUUUUUUUUCAUUUUGCAGUUGUAUAAUACGUGUAUAUGGUGGUGUUUACUUUUUCAAAACCUUUUUCUUACUUAGUUGUCUUGUUUUGUUGUGUUUUUAAAACCAAGGAAAUUUGUUAGGGAAAAAAACAACCAUAAAGAAAGAAACUUUUUUUCUUAUUAAAAAAAAAAUCAGUGUCAGUUCAACUUCCUUCCCAUUAUUUGCAUAUUUUUGUCAUUCAUUGUGAACUGUUUUAUUAGUUAAAGCAAAGAAAAUUGACAUUUCUUCCCCUUACAUCCCCAAGCAGUCUCUGUGUUAUAGAGAGGUCUUUUAAUGCAAGGAAGAGUACUAAGGAGCAAGAUUUUAAUUGAGGGGAUAAUGGCGCAAGUUUAUUAAUAGACGAAAUCUUUACAGCAUUUUUUUGUUACUUCCCUGUCCCCCAGCUGCUGCUGCUGCUAACUAUUUUAUGACUUACUCUCCUAUUCUAGAACUAUUUUAUGUAAUUAAAUAUGCUUUCUUGUUUAUAAAUGCCUGAUUUACAAAAAGGAAAAAAAAAAGCGUGGGGUAUUUAUCUAUUUCUCUGUGUAACUUGAUAGUCCUUUUCAAAUCCCCCCUCCCCCCCACAUCCCUUUUCCAACCUGGAAACAGAUAAUAUUGUAAAAUAAAGGACUUUAUCAGAUUAUGUAUGAAAAUAGCUAUGCUUAUAUAUACCACAGUGACUGAAUGUACAGUGUAUAGGCGCAUUAUCAAAAAUAAAAUUGUUUGUGCAGAAAAAAAUAA